AUGGCCGAUGCUGUUGUUUUAAUGGUGCUUGAACGGCUCACAGACUCAAUCAUUCCGGAAUUGAAACUCUUGGGUGGAGUAGGUGAUCAGGUUGAGCUUGUACAAACCGAGCUACAAUUUAUGCAAGGUUAUCUGAAAGAUGCAGAUGCAAGUCAUGGACAUGAUGAUGAUGGAGUACGCACUUGGGUCGCAAGCGUUAGAGAUGCUGCUUAUGAUCUGGAGGAUGUCGCUGAAGCUUUUGUCUUAAAAGUUGCAACAAAGAAGUGGCCUACUGUGCAGAUAAAAAUGGCUUCAUCUACCAACCGCUACCCUGAAAUUUAUGCAAAGAAGAAAGAUCUAGGAAUGAAGAUGCUUCGACAUUGUGAAGGUUUGCCAUUCGCCAUCACUGUGCUUGUAGGACUUCUAUCUAGAAAAAACUCCGUUGAUGAGUGGGAUAUGGUACAUAUGAAUUUCUAUGCAUACAUAAGGAGAGCCACUGACCUUGGACCUGAAUACGAAGGUGAAGAAUCCGGUGGUGUAUUACGGUUAUUGGCUUUGAGUUAUGAUAACUUACCAUAUCAGUUGAAACUAUGCUUUCUCUAUUUAGCCCAUUUUCCGAAAGAUUAUGAAACACCGGUGAAUAGAUUGACUCAACUAUGGAUGGCUGAAGGUUUUGUAUCAUCAACAUCCAUGGAAAAAAUGGAAGAUGUAUCUUACGGGUGCUUAAGUGAGUUGGUAGACAGGGUUGCUGCUGAAAGUGCCAAACGUGUUGUGGAAGAUGGAGAAAUUGAGACAUGUGUAUUUACCCUCGAAUCCUCGAUAAUAAGAGGAGAAGAGAGACUGUCAUUUGCCACUCAUGCAAGUAAUUUGCGGACGGUGGUCAAUGUUUCAGUUUCGGCAUCUGAUCUGUAUGAUUUUGUUAACUUGACCAACCUUCGAAGAUUGGAGGUAAGGCUAUUUGACGACGAAACCAUCGAGAAGGGGAGCCUUACAUUUGACAAUCUGCAGUCUCUAUCAAUGGCAUCUUUUCAUGAUGGAGCGUGGAACGUAGUAUUAAGCUGUCCUCAUAUAUACAAGCUGCGAGUAAAGGGACGUAUCAGACAGUUACCAGAAGACCUCUUGUUCCUUCCAAACCUCACCGAGCUAACACUCUGUGGAAUUCAUCACGAUCGUCUCAAGGACGAUAACAUAGAAAUACUAGAGAAGCUGCCAAGCUUACGAAUGCUUUUCCUGGAUAAUAAUGCUGCCCUCGGCUAUUUUCCCGGACCACUUGUUUGCUCAGCAGGAGGCUUUCUUCGUCUUGAUUUCCUUUCUCUUCACAGCUUGAUAGAAUUAAAGGAGUGGAGGGUGGAGAAGGGAGCCAUGCCUAGUCUCUCCAGGUUGCACAUUGAGCGUUGCUCGCCCUCGUUUACAGUUCCAGACGGCCUUCGGUAUGUUACUACCCUCAAGGAAUUAACCAUCAAAGGGGUGACUCGUGGAUUCGGUAGCGGGCUUGAGGAAGGAGGAGAGGAAUUUUACAAAAUCCAGCAUGUGAACUCUGUUUUGAUUACGGAUUUUUUCACUUCCCCUUCACUUGAAUAUUGGAGGACUUAA